AUGUCGGCCAAAGAAUCACCAGCACCAGCCAACUGGGAGCUCAUUUCCAAGAAAAAGAAAGCUGAGCGAGAUUCGCGCAUACCAGCAGACUGGACGCUGAGAACUCUGCCCGGACCCGAGGUUACCAACUACACUGAGAUACCACGCCAGUGUGGACUUUUGACUGAACAAGAGCUUCAAAUCACAGAGCAGUACGAUGCUGUUGCGUUGUCUGCGGCAAUUAGGGAAAAGAGAUUGAAAUGUCUCGAUGUAACUAAAGCAUUUUGUAAAAGAGCAGCCAUUGCACACCAACUCACAAACUGCCUUACAGAAAUCUUCUUUGAAGAUGCGCUGAAGAGAGCUUCGGAGCUUGAUGCUCACUUGGCGUCAGGAAAAGCGCCUCUUGGGCCUCUCCACGGUGUGCCAGUCUCUCUUAAAGAUUCCUUCAAGGUUCGUGGCUUCGAUGCAUCUAUCGGCAUUGCCGCGCUUUGUUUCAAGCCAGCAAACGAAAACGCCGUCCUGGUCGAUUGCUUGCUCAACGCCGGGGCGGUCAUAUACUGCAAGACCAACGUCCCGCAAACCCUCAUGGCCCUAGAUUCCCACAACAAUGUCUUUGGCCGCACCAUCAACCCGCUCAACACCGCCGUAACAGCUGGUGGAAGCUCUGGCGGUGAGGGCGCCCUAAUAGCCAUGCGCGGUUCUAUCCUAGGCGUAGGUACAGAUGUCGGAGGCAGUAUCCGCAUCCCAGCCAUGUGUGACGGAACCUUUGGCGUCAAGCCCAGCUGGGAACGUAUCCCCUACGCGGGUCAAGAGCACGGCGCCCUCCCCGGUGCCUCAAAGAUUGGGAUCCCAGCCAGCGCCGGCCCCCUCGCCCACAGCAUUCGCGACAUCAACCUCUUCUUUCACGCUGUCUCCGCCCAGAAACCCUGGGAAGCCGACCCAGACGUCGCGCCCCUCCCCUGGCUCUCACUCUCCCUCCCCAAACGCCCCCUCCGCAUCGGCAUCGUCCGCCGCGACGGCGUCAUCGAUCCUCACCCACCCAUCCUCCGCCUCCUCGACGAAGUCAAAUCCGCUCUCCUCACCUCCGGUGUCGAAGUCGUAGAAAUGGACAUCACCCCGCUCUUCUCCCAAUGCCAAUCCCUCUGCAACGCUCUCUUCGGCAUCGAAGGCGGAAACGCAAUAUUCGACCUCAUUGAAUCAACCGGCGAGCCCUUAUCCCCCUGGCUCUCCUCGCGUCUUAAACGCAGGCCACCCAUGUCGUUGCAGAAAGUACAGGAAUUACAUGGUAAGCGUGAGAAGUUGCGAACAGAGUUUUUGAAAAUUUGGAAGCAGCAAGCGGGGGAGAUUGAUGCGUUUAUUUGUCCUGUGGCGCCGCAUCCUGUGCCCCCGAUUGAUGGCUACAAUGGGGUUAGCUACACGAGUUCGUUUGUGCUGCUAGAUUACCCCGCGGGUGUGGUUCCUGUGAGGCGGUUUGGCAAGGCGGAUAUGCUGGGGGAGAUGGAGGGAAAGGAAUUGGGGAGUUGGGAUAAGGCGAAUAGGGCUUUGUGGACGAACUUUGAUCGCUCAGUUUAUCUCGACACGCCGCUUUGCGUCCAGGUUGUUGCGCCGAGACUUCAGGAUGAGAGGCUGCUGCAUGCUAUGGCUGCUGUUGAUGAGGCGGUUAAAGUACAGGGUUCUGUGGGUGCGAAGUUGUAG